AUGAUUCUUAGCUUACGUGCUAGUGAACUCACAUCGGAUUUUAUAGACUCAACCUAUUCCUCCCUGACCUCCAGGCUUUCUCCAGAAUCAACUUCCAGCUCCCUGUCCUCGGCUGCGGGUUUGAACACCAACUCCUCCAGGUACUCUGCUACGUUGGACGUGGCAUCUGCUGCCACUUCUCCGCCGUGUAUAUCGAGGGACGAGUUGGACCAGAAUAUGACUGAUUACAGACUGCAUAGUGUAUCUGCACUCUGCACUCAACCACAGCCAGGGCUUCCAUCAACAAUGCAAUCUUCCGGAGGCGUUCUGCCAGCCUCGCCUGGUAUGAUCCCUAGGGGAGAUGGCUACCAUCUUCAAUAUCAUCAGCCUACCAGGAGCGUGUUCCCAAACUCCAACGGCCUUGCAAUGAACAAUUUAUCCCGCUAUUCCAAUUAUCAGACAACGCGACCAAUGGAUAUGAACUCGAAUGCACAGGGUGGCACAAUGUUUGGUGCAUCCGGAGGCUUUGUUUUCGACUCACCGGCAUCAAGGCAAUCGGGUUCAGCAAACCCUGAGGCUCCUCCGUUUCACGAAACCACUGUUUUGCACAAUUUGCUAAUAAACAACCACGCUGUGAGGCCAGACAUCAACGCAAAGAUUCACAAGGGGUUCUUCCAGGUGGAUGGUAAAUGGACAUGUUAUCGACGAAACUACUUUUCCCUGUCUUGCUCUUUCACUCUGCGGCCAUGGAUCCAAAUGCAAGGCUCUGCCCCAUACAUUCAGCUUUCCAACGGCACCACUCCGAGAGUUAAAGCAUUUGCCAUGGCCAUUUCUGCUGUGGUUCAUGGGCAGGAGAAUGAGACACGUGAGCUUGUCCAGCACACGCCAAAGCGUGAUAAGCAGUCCGAGAGGCGUCCAGGAAAAGUUGCCCUUGAGCCUCAGCCGCCACCAUCUUUGAUGCUGAACCCGGGGCCAGUGAGCAGCGGCCAUCACCAUAUGGCAUUUUCAAUGCCUCCGCAGUCUCCAAUGCAUUUCGACUGUGGUUCUACAUUUGGAAAUGGCCACUCCCAGUCAGUACAGUCCGCGCCAACGUCUCACACAUUUGAGCGAAUCCAGUUCCAGAAGGCAACGGCCAACAAUGGCAAACGCCGUGCACAACAGCAGUUUUACCAGCUUGUGACCGAACUUUACGCUGAUGUCAGUGACCCCAGCUCGAAAUCCUCGCCACAGUGGGUCUUAGUUGCGAGGCGUCUUUCAUACCCCAUGGUUGUCCGAGGACGAUCUCCCGGUCACUACAAGGAUGGACGACGUGAGAGUACGACAAGCAUUGGACCUGAGAGCGAUACUGGAGCUUCGGGAGACGGGCGAAUGAGCAGCCUUACUAAUGGGAUGGUUCAAAGCACACGACAACCUCCUCUGCUCUCUACGUACGACCAAAGCCACGGUCGACGAAUGACAGCCACCGAUCAACCACCAUUAACCGCAGGAUCUCUCGUUUCCUCAUCUUCCUCUUCCCCUGAGUUCGACUUUGGGAUGAUGAACGAUUCCAUGAACCCUAUGGAAACCAUGAAGGACACCAAUGUUGAUGCAUACGGCCAUCAGUCGUAUAACUCGACUUCGGCCGUUCAGCGAAAGGUAUGCAUUGAACCAUCUGGCAUGCGGAGCCAUAUGCCUACUUUCAACGACACGAUCACCACUACGAAGAGCCAGGAUCCACAAAACAGCGGAUAUGUUGAGCCUUUCGAGCCAAUGGUGUCCCUAAUGCACCAUGAUAACAAUGGAGACAACCACUAUUUCAACCGCCAGGAUGACCAUGGACUGAGAAACGGAAUGAAAAUGCAUAACUCUUACACCAGCAGGCCAACUGCUCACUACGCUCGAUAUUAG